AUGCGUGCAUACGCUGACAGCAAGGCGUUCAACCGAGCAGUGGAGACAGCGAGGGAAGCCCUCGAGCGCUACGAGUCCGGUGGGAGGAAAGCGCAGGCCGCAGCCCUGGAGAUGCUGGCGCUGGGGCUCUCGCAGUGUGGGGAGCUGCUGGAGGCUGUGAAGGCUACGCAGCAGCAGGCUGCGAUCUUGCUGGAAGAAGGGGACAAGACCGGGAGGGCACGAGCGCUGCGGAGCCUGUGCCGCCUCUGCGCCCAUCACCGGGACUUCGAACAGGGCAUCGAGGCGGCCUCUGAGGCCGCGUCCAUCUCAGCCGAGCUGAACCAAUCAGAGCAGGCUUUGGCGCUGCAGCUGUUGGCGGACUGCCACCGGUGGAACGAUGCAUACACAGAUGCCAGGCAGGUCGCAGCCCAGGCGCGUCAGCUCUACCGCCGCCUCGGGGACCGCAACAACGAGGUCUGCGCGGUGCUGCAGGCGUGCCACGCCUCGGCGCUGGGGGGGGACCGGGCCACGGCGCUGGAGCUGGCCGGCGAGGCCCAGGAUAUCGCCAAACGGGCUGGGUGCAAGAGCCUUCAAGGCAUCUGCUGGCAGGCGCUAGCCAGUCUCCACUGGGACUGGGGUCGCCUGGCGGACGCCCUGAAGAUGGCCAAGAAGGCGCUCGCUUGUGCGAGACGGGCUGGCAACUGCAAGGAUGAGUGCAGAUGCAUCCUGCUGUUGGUCAUCAUGAAUCUGGCCAUCAGCCAGUGCCAGGACGACUCUGGGACUGGAAGUCAAGAGGAACAGGCUUCAAGGCGUUCUUCCAGGCUUCAAGCUGCCGAGGAACUUGCGGAGGAAGCUAGCCGCCUGUCAGACGUUGCGGGCGACGCGGAGUGCUCCGCCUGCAGCCUCCAUGCGAUUGCCAUGGUGCAGAUACAAGCACAGAGAUAUGACGAGGCGUUCAGGACAGCACAAGACGCCAUGAAGAAGUACCAGGAGAUCCAGGAUUUGAUGGGAAUCCUGCAAAUGUUCCUGGGCAUGGCGAAGAUCCUUUUGCAAGCCAGGUCCUUCGAGGAGGCGGCCGCAGCGGCGGAGAGCGCCCUUUGGCUGGCGGAGCAGGCGGGCUGCAAGGAGAUGGAGGAACAAGCCAGAGCGGCCCUGGAGGAAGUUGAGCAGGCCGCCGAGGCCGAGUCCUCGCGGGGCUCUCGCCCGCGGAGCCGCAGCAGCUCCAACGCCCGGGUGCCGGAGCUGCCGAACCUGCCGAAGCUGGAGCUGGCGCAGGCAUGCGACCCGCAGCUCGUCAGAGGCGUGAUUGAGAAGUUUGUCAAUGUGCUGAUCGGCUCGGAUGACCUGGUUGAGCCGGACCGACCCCUCAUGGAGAUGGGCCUCACCAGCCACCUUGCCGUGGUCCUGCGGGACCAGCUUGCCAAAGUGCUGCCAGUACUGACUCCUCCCUUGCCGGUCACUCUGAUCUACGACUACCCCUCCACGGCGGCCAUCUCCCAGCUCGUGGUCGCCUCGGCCGGGGCCUCGCUGCGGCGGACGAGAGCGUGA